AUGAAAUCCUUACCGAAAACAGAUACUCAUUCAUCUAAUCCGGCAUUUCAAGGUCUCAAUGCAACACCGCUCGGUUUAUGUGCGUUUGCUUUAACAACAUUUGUUGCUUCAAUGUAUCUGUGUGGAAUAUCGGUACCGGUUGAUGCAUCUAUUGGUGUUGUAAUGGGUCUAGCUCUAUUCUAUGGUGGAGCUACUCAACUUUUGGCUGGUUUUCUCUCAUUUCGUGAAGGAAACACCUUUGGUGCUUUGGCAUUUUGUUCCUAUCAGAGACCUAAUCAAGUUUACAAUACGAUGAGUGGUGAAAAAUGUUUUAAACAACAUGUUGAUAAAUAUUUUUCAGCACUGAACUCGGAAACAAUAUCAUUAUUAUCAUAA